AACACAAAACAUGGAGAAUAAACCAUCACACUUUUCAUCUCUCUUAUUCCUUCUAAUUCCCCUUGUGUUAUUUUCCACUGCAAAUUGUGGUAUUGUUACUUACUGGGGCCAAGGUGAUGAACAACUUCAUGAAGGAACAUUAUCAGAAGCAUGUAACUCAGGACUUUAUCAAAUUGUCAACAUAGCAUUCCUAAGUAAAUUUGGGAAUCGCAAUAGACCACCCCAUGUGAAUCUAGCAAGUCACUGUAACAAUGUUCCUAAUUGCCACAAAAAAGUGGGCAAAGGCAUAAAAAAUUGCCAAAGUAAAAAUGUCAGUGUCUUGCUCUCAAUUGGAGGUGCUAGUGAAGGCUAUCGAUUAUCAUCUGCUCAUCAUGCUAACCGUUUAGCGGAUUACUUAUGGAAUAACUUUUUGGGGGGACAAUCAAGCCAAAGGCCAUUUGGUGAUGCUAUAUUGGAUGGAAUUGACUUUGACAUAGAAGGGAAUCGUGGAGACCCAGAAAACUAUGCAGUGCUAGCUAUGAAGCUAAGAGAACACAUGGACAAGAAGAAAAGAAAGUUCUACCUAAGUGCUGCACCACAAUGUCCAUUCCCUGAUCAUAACCAAAAUCCAGCACUCUCCAAAGUUCAUUUCGACUUUGUCUUCAUUCAGUUCUACAACAACCCUGAUUGCCAAGUUGCCUCAAACCACUUCCGAAGAAGCUGGAAUAAGUGGACUAAAACCAUAAAAGCUCACAAGUUCUAUGUUGGCCUCCUCGCCAUGCCGGCUGGCAGUGACACCGGUUAUGUGCCGCCGGAGACAGUCUUAAAUAAAGUUUUGCCUUUUGUCAAGAAAUCGCCCAAGUAUGGAGGAGUCAUGCUGUGGAAUAGAGGACUGGACAAAAAUAGUGGAUUUAGUGCCAAAAUACAUGAUAGUGUUAAUGAAUAAAUAAGCGUCUUAUCGGACAUAACAGACAUUCUAUAUGUCCGAUAAGACGCUAGUAGUUAAUUAUUAAAGUUUAAAUAAAUACCAAUUCUUAGGAGUGGUUUAAUAUAAUUAGGAUUUAAGAUGCUGUCUAAGUUAAAAUUAUAUGUUCCUCACUAGUAUACCAAACAUAAUUAAAGCUUAAAUUUGCCCUUUAUUAGUAUGAGUUAGGGCAUCUUGCUUUCAAGUAUUUAUAUAUCAUCUUGUGUACUCUUAUUUUGCUAAAA